AAAUCUGAAUGCUCUUUUUUAAUCUCAAUUUAAGAAUAAUAAAAUCUUAUUGAAGAGUAAGCCAAUGUAGCAGUUAAAUAAAAAGAAAUUCAAACGAUAAAUGGAAUUUCUUUAAUCAAUUAAGAAAAUUAGCUAAUCUACUUCUACAUACAAGUACCAACCACUGAUAUAUAGAAUACUUUUCUAUAAAUUUCAUAGUAAAAAAAUAGUUAAUACGUAAUUGCUCCCUAUGAUGUGGAUAAUAAUUUUAUAGCUCUCUCAAAUGAUACUUUUUUAACCCUUGGCUUAUAAAUUCUACAGUUUACUAAUUUUAGUUUAACCUUCUAAAAUAAUACAGACUUAUUAAUCAACAUCACUUAAAACAAAAUAACACAACAAAUAAUUUUUUAAAAUAUGGAUAUUGAUUUUGCAUGCUUUGGCACUAAUCAAAUAUAUAUUUCUGGCAUUGAAAAAGUAAUUUUUUAAAAUAUUAAAAUAUCUUAGCUCAACCUAAAAGAAUGCUCCUAAUAGAAUCAGUAAAAUUCUUUGUUCUAUUUUUACAAUGUCUCAGAAAUUUAUAUUUACAACUUAGAAAUAUCAAACAAUAAUUUUUAUUAGAAAUCUCAGAUAUCAAUAUUCUAAUUUGAAUUAAUAAAAACUAUUCUAAUUGAUGGGGUAACUAUGAUAUAAAAUAUUAAUCUGAAUAGUUUGAUGAGUUUUUAGUAAGUUUAAAAUCUAACCCUCUAUAACCUAACAAUUAAAGAUAAUAUUUAAUCGAUCCAAGUAAAAUAAGUUUCAGGAUUAUUUUCAUUUUAUGGUUGUAAUACUAUAACUCUUACGAAAUGUUUGUUCCAAUUUAACAACUAAUUAGUUCUAAUUUUUUCUACAAAUGAAUAUUCCAUCCAAAAUAAAAUUAUAGAAUUAAAUGAUGAUAUUUUAUUUUUAAAUAGUUUUAAAGUUGAGUUAAACAAAUUUUUGUAGUAAUAAAUCAUGAAUAUUUAAAGUUCUAAAGUUUAAUUUAAUAAUUUUACUCAAUUUUAAAAUGAAGGUUCGCUUUUAUUAACCAAAUCCUAAGUAAUUAUUAUCGAAAAAGGUCAUUUUAAAUUGAAUACAGCAUAAAAUGGAGGAGCUAUUCACUUUUUAGCAAUUAAGACAAAGAUAUACAUUAAAGAAUCCCUAUUUUAGCAAAAUACUGCUAAUAGCAGCGGAGGGGCAUUAUAUCUUGAAAAUAUUGAUAACUGUAUAAUUUAAUUUGAUACGAUGACUAUGAUUAAGAAUAAUAAAGCAUUAAUAGGAGGUGGAUUAAGAAUCGUUUAGACAAAUUAAAAAAAGCUUUUAUUGCCUUAAAAUUUUCCAUUCUCCAACAAUAUUUUCGAAAAUAAAGCAGAGAUUUAUGGUGAUGAUAGUACAUCUUAUCUCUAAAAUAUAAUUAUUAAAAACAAUGAUAAUACAAAUGAAGAAUCGUUCACAUUUUACUAACAUUAAAGUAGUGUACCUAAAAAAUUUUAGAAUGACUAUUCAAGAUAUGCUGAAUUGAGAUAAUUCAGAAGUGGAGGGCUAAUUAACUUUAAAAUGUAUAUUGUAGAUGAAUAAAAUAGAUAUCUGAGCUUCUCAAAUGAAAAGCUAAUACUAGGCUUAUAUCCAAAAGAUAUAGAUUAAGAGUUAAAUACUAUUUAAAUUUCAAUUUAUUAGCUCAAUUCUACUGAAAGCUAAAUGUUUGGAUAGAAUACUAUAAAUUACUUUCAAUAUAAUUCUCUCGACUAUUCAUUUGAAAUGAAUGAAAUAACAGUUAUUGGAAAUCUUAAUAAAGUUCAAUUCUUUUAUAUUAAUUCAACUAUAUAAACAAACUCACUUACUAAAUAACCAAUCCUUUUAUCGAUAGAAUUCAGAAAUUGUAAAUUAGGAGAGGUCAUUUAAUAAGUGAAUAAUAACAUUUUUUAAUGCAAUUAAUGCUUGAAGGGUACUUAUCAGCUAGUAGACCCAUAAACACUUUAUCAGUAAUCUAUUUAACAAAAUAAAGAUAUCAAUAAAUGCAUCAAUUGCCCAUAGUCUGCUUUAAUGUGCAAAGGAGAUAUAAUAGAAUUAAAAAAUGGUUUUUGGAGGCACAAUAAUUACACAGAUGAAAUAAUAGAGUGUGAUCCUAUUAUAAAUUCAUGCUAGGCAGAAAACCCUAAUAGCAUCAAUUACUGUAAAGCUGGGUAUCUAGGACCUAUUUGCCUAUAGUGUGAUAUUUUAGGUGAAGUUUGGUAAGGCUACCGAUAUUCACAAUCUCUCUCAAAAGGAUUUUGUGAUAUUUGUGGAUCAUAACUUAAAUAAUGGGGUUUUAUGCUUUUAAAAAUUGUAAUUUUAGAGGCCUACUUCUUGUAUGCUUUGGGAGUUUUCAUCCAAAAAUUUAAACAUUCACAAACAUGUUAUUAUUUGAGAAUGUUAAAAAUUAUGCCAAUAAGCAGUAAUAGCAUAAAUGACUAUUCUGGAUUCUAUAUUAAAAUUAUAUUGACCUAUUAUUAAUUAUCUGCUCUUUUAAUUCCUCAGCCCAAGAUUAUUUCUGUCCAUUUUAAUUUGUUUAAUGAUGUAAUUGGAUCCGGUGGUAUCCAAGUCUCCUUAGGAAUUGACUGUCUUAUGAGUGAAAAUAUCAUUAGAGGAAUAGGCAAGAUACUCUAUUUUAUGUUAACUUAGUUUUUCGUCCCUAUGGUUUUUCUUCUUUUUAUUCCUAUUACACUUAUGUUUUAUUAAGACAUUUCAAAAUAGAAAAUAAGAAAAUAUCACAUUUAUUUAAUUUUUCAUAUUAUUUUUGUCUUUUUCUAAGUGAACUAGAUAUCAUAUUUUAUUUAAUCACUAACCUGUAAACAAGUAGGAAACAAACUUUAUAACUCAUUAGACCUUUCAUUUGACUGCUAUGAUUCUAAUGUAAUUAAAUAUUUAUAUCCUUUUUCUGUAAUGGUGUUAAUUUUUUGGACUCUUCUUCCUUUAGCAUUUCUAAAACUGAUUAAUUUAAACAAGAAAAAAUUAAAUUAAUGUCUGACAAAAUAUAAAUAUGGCUAUUACUAUGCAGAACUAAAGGAUAAGUUCUAUUAUUGGGAAUUUGUUAGAAUAUAUCUAAAAAUUACUAUAAUCUACGUGUAUACUCUUUUAAAUAAUUCUAAUAACCAAGAAAUUGCAAUAGUAACAAUAAGUAUAGUCUUAUUUUUUUAUAUAAAGAUAGUUUCACAAAAUAAUCCUUUUAUUUCAAUAAACAUACAAUAAUGCGAAAAAGCAGCUUACUCUCUUAUAUUUUUGAAAAUAUAUUUAAGGUUUAUAUAAAUUUAAAUUCCAUCAGCUCAAAUCUUUAUAGAAAUUUCUCAAAUAAUAGUAGAUUAUUUCUUCAUUUUUUGCUAUUUGAUAAUUGUGUUAGGAAUAAUGAUUAGCAACUCGACUUCUAAAUAUGUAAUUAUUUUUAAAAAAUGUCUCUCAAAAAUUAUGCCUUAAAAAUUAAAAAAAAUGAUCAAUUUUAAUAAAGUUUCAUUUAAAACAUAUUUGAAAUGGAAGCGUGUUUUAAAAAAAUUUAAAAAAUCCUAUAAAUUAUUUUAAAAAACUAUAAAAUAAUAAGUAAAACAUAAUAAAUAAUUAAAAUAAACAAAAUUUGAUUUUAAAAAAGUAAAUUAAAAUAAUGUCCUAACAAUUCUUGAGGAUAAAAAUAAGUAUUUGUCCUAUCAAAGUUACAAGAAUUCUCAGUAAUUACUCUUAAAAGAUUAUGCUAAAUAACCAGAAAUAUGA